UUCUUGAGAUUUUUCACAUUUCCAGCCAGGUGCUUUGACAGGCUAGACACCUCAUAGAGUGGAAACUGUGCGCCUGCAGUAGAUUGUAGGUCUCUACCACCUCUCGCACAUAUCCGGAUCUGUUUCAAUUUGGGGAUCGCUUACCUUGCUCUCGUCACUUUCACCUUUAAGGCGCGUCCUGGCAAAGGAAAAACACAGCUUUACUUCGCUUUUGGUCGUUACUGUUCCGAAUAAUUGGCAUGAUCAGCUGAGAAAGAGAGCAGGUGAGCUGAUUUCUUCUUCUUUUGCUGGUUAAGAAACUCUUUGAUCAUGUCCAAGCCUGCAGAUCAUAUCAAACGACCCAUGAACGCUUUCAUGGUAUGGUCAAGAGGCCAGAGGAGAAAGAUGGCACAAGAAAAUCCCAAAAUGCACAAUUCCGAGAUAAGCAAGCGACUUGGAGCGGAGUGGAAGCUACUAUCAGAAGCAGAAAAGAGACCUUAUAUAGAUGAAGCUAAGAGGCUGAGGGCACAACACAUGAAGGAACACCCUGAUUACAAGUAUAGACCGAGACGCAAACCAAAAAAUCUGCUUAAAAAAGACAGAUAUGUGUUUCCCUUGCCUUAUCUUGGAGACACUGACCCACUAAAAGCCGCCGGGCUCCCCAUGUCAGCAACUGACUCUUUACUGAGCGCUUCAGAUAAAGCAAGGGCAUUUCUGCCACCAACUUCUGCACCUUACUCACUGAUCGAUCCCAGCCAGUUUAGCUCUAGCGCCAUCCAGAAAAUGACUGAGAUGCCCCACUCUUUAGCUACCAGUACUCUGCCCUACGCAUCUACGUUGGGAUAUCAGAAUGGGGCUUUCAGCAGCUUGAGUUGUCCAAGCCAGCACACUCAUACUCAUCCUUCGCCCACCAACCCGGGGUAUGUAGUGCCCUGUAACUGCACUGCUUGGUCAGCCUCUAGUUUACAACCUCCAGUGGCCUACAUACUUUUUCCAGGCAUGGCCAAGGCAGGGCUGGACCCCUACUCGUCAGCACACGCUGCUGCUAUGUGACAAAAUAAAAUGGGAAGGAAAAGUGACCUAAGAGGUAGGCACUUGUGAAAUCGAAGUGCAUGAACCUGAGGACCAGGAAAACAUAACGAAAUGCAAUGACAAGAAUGCAGGAAAACAUAACGAAAUGCAAUGACAAGAAUGCUGACAAUUGCAUCAUUGCAAUCCAACAAGACAGUGACUUGAUAUUCCCUGUAGUCCCCGGUAAUCAUCUUUACCGCCAGUUUGAAUUUUUGGGAUUUGUUGAUGCUCACUCAGGCAAGUGUCUAUGAUCGAACUGUAACAGUUGUACAGACCCUGAUGCUUUUAACUCUCUGCCUGUUUGAAACACGGCAGUUCGAUUAAUUUAUUAAUGUAAAAAUAUUCUAUAUUAUUAUGUUAUUUCACAUGGAUACGAACCCUAACGUUAUUUCACUGUUACUAUUUUUGUUGUUAGUUUUGCACAUUAAGAGAAAGAAGUUCACAGCGCACUACUGCAAUGUUAUUUCACCCACAAAGGUUGAAUAGGUUAUUUCGGUCGUUACUGGUAUCAGUUUGGGGAAGGGGUAACAGCUGGGGGAGGGGCAUGUACCUAUCAAAAAGCGAAAAAAUACUUUGAGUGGUAGUGUUUUGUUUAUUUUUAACAAUCGUUAUGUUUUGUGAUAUAGUGCAACUUUUCUGAAUUUAUUUUAGAGAGAGAGAGAGAGAUUCAGUCACGAAGUCAAACAGUAGUGCUUGUAAUUUAAAAAUUGACACGCGAAUUUAAAUGUUUAAAUGCUGUGUUUGAAAAACAUAAAUAGUGUGAACCCAGAAAGAUUUUACCUAUCCUUUUUACGUUUUUUUUUUUCUUUUUCGGCUUAUUGCUGGAGGAAAAGGUUUUGAAUAAAGACAAUCUGAACAGCA